AUGACCUCACCGAACACAGGAUCUGACAUGCUCUCAACGAACACAGGACCUGACAUGACCUCACCGAACACAGGAUCUGACCUGAUCUCAAUGAACACAGGACCUGCCCUAUUCUCAAGGAACACAGGAUCUGACCUUCUUUCAAUUAUCACAGGACCUGCCCUACUCUCAUUGAACACAGGAUCUGACCAACUUUCAAUGAACGCAGGACUUGACCUACUUUCAAUGAACACAGGACCUGACCUACUCUCAAUGAGCGCAGGACCUGACCUGCUCUCAACGAACACAGGAUCUGACCUAUUCUCAAUGAACACAGGAUCUGACCUGCUCUCAAUGAACACGGGACCUGACCUGCUCUCAAUGAACACAGGACCUGACCUACUCUCAACGAACACAGGAUCUGACCUACUCUCAAUGAACUCAGGAUCUUACCUACUCCUAACGAACACAAGACCUGACCUACUCUCAACGAACACAGGAUCUGACCUACUCUCAAUGAACUCAGGAUCUUACCUACUCCUAACGAACACAAGACCUGACCUAUUCUCAACGAACACAGGACCUGACCUACUCUCAACAAACACAGGAUCUGACCUACUCUCAAUGAACUCAGGAUCUUACCUACUCCUAGCGAACACAAGACCUGACCUACUCUCAACGAACACAGGACCUGACCUACUCUCAACGAACACAGGAUCUGACCUGCUCUCAGUGAACACAUGA